AUGGGCGAAGAGAAAUCCAAAGACGAUGGCAUCCCAUUUGGCACAAUACACCAGGCGGCCUCACGCGGUCGCUAUGAGACGAUAAAGGUAUUACUAGAAAGCGGAGCCGAUCCCGACGAAGUGGAUGAACGAGGAUGGGGGCCGCUGCAUUUUGCCGCCGACAAAGGCCACUGGAAUAUUGCGAGACUUUUGUUGGAGAAGGGUGCAACUCCCGGCUUGAUCAAUGGGAGUUGCAUGACACCACUUGACUACGCGGUUUCUGGCGGAUACCUGGAAAUUGUUCGACUACUUCUCGAAUGCGAUGCUUUGCUCGCGGACCGCUUCACUGGGAAAAGUACCCACCCACUCCUUGUUGCAACUACGUGGGAAGACAUACCCAUGAUCCGGCUUCUACUGGGUGCAAAGGUUCGAACAACCGUCAGCGAUAUCCACGGCCAAACACCCGUUCAUCUGGCCGUCAAGAAAGGCAAUUUGGAGAUUUGCAGACUUCUCCUUGAGCAUGACGCGCAGCACCCGCCUUCGGGCUUGAGUCGGAUUUUUGCCGGCAAACCAGCAGCGUCGAGAAAAGACUCCAGUGAUCACUUCCCCCUCUUCUACGCCGUGGAGAGUGGGAAUUGCCCGAUGGUGGAGCUAUUACUGAGCACUUCCGCGGCUUCCCCAAAGGCCUGUGAUUGGCACCAAAAGCGAAUAUUCCAUCAAGCUGUCAAGUCGGGAAAUCUCGAGAUGGUCGAAAUAUUUCUGAAAAAUGGGGCGCCGGUCAAUAUGAAAGGUCAGGAUAGUACCAGCGGUCUUCAUAUCGCAGCGCACGAAGGCGACGUAAAGAUGACAAGACUCCUCCUGGAGUGGGGUGCCUCGAUUACCCAGAAGAAUGGGGGGCUUUCGACUCCGGAACAGGUCUCACGGAACGCGGAAGUGUCUAUGAUCUUAAAAAAUUAUAAUAAGAAGCCUGGGGACUUAAAGGCGACUAAACAGAAGUCGAAGACCUCAACUAAAGGGGUUCCGGUGCCUCCACCGGAAUAUUCUGCCUUGCCUCCGAGCAUGACCACAGGAUCCAAGAAUUAAAAAGCUUACGACUUUCAUGGAUUUAUACAGAUGCUAUACGAAGCUUAAGUACGGCAUAUCGGAUGAC